AUGGGAAGAAUAGCAGUCAAUAUAAGAGCAUCUCCAAUGGGAGGUGCCAAUAGGAGUGCCAAUGCUACGUGGCAUGACAUGGACCAACACUCUCGUUGGCACCCCAUUGAGAUCUUUGUCUUAACAAGAUGCAUUCCUGAAAAUACUCUUUCCACGCUUGCUGUUGCCACUGGCAAGAUCAAAGACAAUGUUAGUAACUUGUAUACCAGAGGAUACACUUUGUCCCUUCCUAGUUCAACCAUUUUUUUGGCAAGAGCGACUGAAGAUCAUAGAGCAUGGGAUGCAGAUGUGUUGAAUGAUUUGUUUAACGAGCGUGACAGAGCAUUGAUCGAGCAGAUUCCAAUACCUAGUCGAAGUAGACCUGAUUCAUGGUACUGGCCUUUGGAUGAUAAAGGUAUGUUUACUGUCAAGAGUUGUUACAGAAGUAUUCGAGGAGAGUGUACAAAUACUGAAGGUGGAUUUUGGAAGCAGUUGUGGAGUCUUCAGUUGCCUGGUAAGAUUAUAAAUUUAUUGUGGAGGGCUUGUAAAAAUGUGUUACCCACGGCUUCAGAGUUAAUUAAAAAGCAUGUCAAUAUCGACUUGAUGUGUCCAUGGUGCCGUUCACAACCUGAAACUCCAGUGCAUAUGCUGUUUAUGUGUACAUUUGCUAAGGAGAUGUGGAGUAAGAUAGGAUUUCAAGAUAUUAUUCCUGUAGACGAAAAUGUAACAGUGCUACAAGUUUUGAUUAAUGCUUUCAGGGGUAGUAAUCGAGAUAAACGAGCUCUCAUCGGUUUGUUUUAUUGGAGUAUCUGGUUUAGACGCAAUACUUGGGUGUGGGAUAAGCAGUCCAUAUCAGUGUUUGGGGUACAUUCUAUGGCUUUGCAAUUGCUACAAGAUUGGAGACGCAGUCAGGAGUGUAGUGAGGGUAGUGAUCAUCGAAGCGAACGAACACAAAUUCGACGCUGGUGUAGACCUCGGGAAGGGUGGAUUAAAGUAAAUAUAGAUGCUGCUUGUCAUCAUCAGUCAGAGUUUAUAGGAAUGGGUUGUGUUGCUAGAGAUGACAGGGGUAGUUUUGUACGUGCUUGA